UGAGGUUGGAACCAAUGUUUUGUUCCCCCCCACUCGACCGGUGACGUCAUCGGCUGUCUGAAUCCCGGAGAGACGGUGACUGCAGCACCUGUACGGAGACAGACUGCGGUGAGAGACUGCAGCACAUCUACUGGGGGGAAAGAGAUUGCACUGAGAGACUGCAGCACAUCUACUGGGGGGAAAGAGAUUGCACUGAGAGACUGCAGCACCUCCACUGGGGGAAAGAGACUGCAGCACCUCCACUGGGGUAAAGAUACUGCAACACCUCCACUGGGGUAAAGAGACUGCACUGAGAGACCGCAGCACCUCUACUGGGGGAAAGAGACUGCAGCACCUCUACUGGGGGAAAGAGACUGCAGCACCUCUACUGGGGGAAAGAGACUGCAUUGAGAGACUGCAGCACCUCUACUGGGGGAAAGAGACUGCACUGAGACUGCAGCACCUUUCCUGGGAGGGAAGAGACUGCACUGAGAGACUGCAGCACCUCUACUGGGGGAAAGAGACUGCACUGAGAGACUGCAGCACCUCUACUGGGGGAAAGAGACUGCACUGAGAGACUGCAGCACCUCUACUCGGGGGAGAGACUGCAGCACCUCUACUGGGAGGGAAGAGACUGCACUGAGAGACUGCAGCACCUCUACUGGGAGGGAAGAGACUGCAGCACCUCUACUGGGGAAAAGGACUGCUGUGAGAGACUGCAGGACAUCGGCUGUGGGCAUAUAGUACUAGGUUUGGUUAAACACGAACACUUUUGACUGAGGAAAGGGACUGCAACACCAUUAACAAGGUGAAGAGAAGAGACUGCUCCCAGAGACAGGUUUUGUAGCUGCUCUGCUGAUAAGUAGACCGCAACACCUUUCUGAGACAAGGGUUGCAUCACCUGGGAUGUAGACACAGUGAGACUGCUGUGUUUUUAGAGUGCAGCGUGUAGAGUGGUUAUUUACAGAGAGAUACAUUGCAGCUGCAAAUCGUUUGGGAACGGAGAUGCAGCAGGCUUUACACAGAAUGCCCUGGGCCCUGAACACAAAGGAAUUGUAAAGAGAAAAAGUGCAUGCAGCAUCUGUUCAGUGAGACACUGCAAAAGCAUUUCAUUACCCUGAGGAAGACAAAGGGAACAAAGCAUUAUCCUGAGUCACAAACCAAGACUACCCUAAGAAAAUCUAUUGCAGCAUAAUAUCUACUGAGUCCAUGCAGAGAGACUGCACACACACAGUGAUCUCAUAUCUAUGCAGAUAUCAAUAAGGUUUAGACUCAGCCAGUACCAAAGAAAGGACCAGCAUUGUCAGAGGGGCACUGACCAGGCGGCAUUAUUAUAAAUUACAUAUUAUGGCACUUUUAAAAACAGUCCUCUAGGGUACACAGAACUUUUAAUAACCAAAAGCCUCAGUCAAAACAGAAAGAUCCUGUGGUGAGAAAGAUUGAAGAAAGGAGGGGAUAAUACAUGGCCCAUCACCAAGUGAGUAUCCUGCUUCACCUGCAGCAAUCCUUCUAUUUGUUAUGAAAACCUUGUGGAACUGGGUUUUAAAGGGUCGUAUUCGUCUCUGUCAAGAGAGAUCCACCAGAGAUUGACUCCAUAAGAUUCUUUCAAAGAUCCAUUAUCAGCCUCUAUAAUCGCAAGAUGGUGCUGUUCAGACAGCUGGGACUUCUCCUAUGGAAGAAUUACAUCCUACAGAAACGUCAGGUCUUAGUGACUGUGAUCGAGCUAGCCCUACCCCUCCUCUUUUCCGCCAUCCUGAUUGCUCUGCGUCACAGGGUCCAGUCAGUAACCCAUCCCAAUGCCACCAUGUACAAAGAAAUGGAUUUCCCCUCCAUCCCGUUCUAUUUUCAUUUAACUGGAACCUGGGAGCUGGCUUAUGUGCCGUCCCACAGCGAUGCUGUGCGAAACAUCACUGAAACCGCUGGGAGGGAACUGCGAAUUAACUUCAGACUUCGUGGAUUCCGCACUGAAAAAGAUUUUGAGCAGUACAUCAAACAUGAUAACCACUCGGGCAAAGUUCUGGCCGGUUUGGUCUUCGAAAACCAUUUUAACCAAAGUUGGGAUCCUCUUCCACUUCAGGUCCGUUACAAAUUACGGUUUAAGUACAGCCCGCGUAAUGCACCCUUCAGCGAGCAGACUGGGCUGAACCCUAAUGUGGAUCGGAACUGGCACACACGGUACCUCUACCCACUAUUUCAGCUGCCAGGACCACGUGAGCCAUAUGACGCUGCAGGAGGAAACCCAGGGUAUCAGCGUGAGGGGUUCCUAGCUGUUCAGCACGCUGUGGAUCGCGCCAUCAUCCUCCACCACGCUAAUGAGAGCGGCUCGGAGCUCCUGAAAAAGAUCCAAGUGUCCAUGCGGCGCUUUCCCUACCCUCCGUAUGUCAGCGACCUGUUUAUCUUAGCCAUUCAGAACCAGCUACCCCUGCUGAUCAUGCUUAGCUUCACUUAUACCUCCCUGAGCAUUGUGCGUGCCCUCGUGCUGGAGAAGGAACGGAAACUGAAGGAGUACAUGCGUGUGAUGGGACUUAGUUCCUGGCUUCAUUCGUUGGCCUGGUUCAUACAUUUUUUCAUCCUCCUCUUUGUCUCCGUGUUUUUUGUCACAUUGCUGCUCUGCAUCCAGGUCAGUAGCGAAGGAGCCGUCCUCACGAGAAGUGAUCCCACCCUGGUAUUUGUGUAUUUAAUGGUUUACGCCAUCUCGACCAUCUCAUUCAGCUUUAUGGUCAGCAGCUUCUUCUCCAGAGCAAACAUGGCAGCAGCCGCUGGUGGGUUCCUCUACUUCUUCUUGUACAUUCCUUACUUCUUCAUCUCUCCGCGAUAUGACAUAAUAACUCAUAGCGAGAAGCUGGCGUCUUGCCUCAUUUCCAAUGUUGGCAUGGCCAUGGGGGCGCAGAUUAUCGGAAUGUUUGAAGGCAAAGGCACCGGAGCUCAGUGGUCCAAUCUGCUAACCCCGGUCAGUGUGGAUGAUAAUUUCACUUUAGGCCAGGUCCUACUGAUGCUCCUGUUUGAUAGUUUCCUUUACUCUGUCGUUGGGUGGUACGUGGAAUCGGUUAUGCCAGGAGAUUACGGUGUUCCCCAGCCUUGGUACUUCUUCAUUCUGCCUUCGUACUGGUGUGGGACUCCAAGGAUGGCUGAGGUUUACGAAAAGGAAGAAGACGAGGAUCCUGAGAAGGUACUGAAAGGGGAAUUUUUGGAAGAAGAACCUUCCGAUCUGGCGCCUGGGAUUCGUAUUAAGCAUUUAACAAAGGCAUACCGCGUGGAUGGCAAGAGGCGCCUGGCAGUGCGCGAUCUCACUCUUAACAUGUAUGAAGGACAAAUUAUGGUGCUACUGGGACACAAUGGAGCAGGAAAGAGCACUACCCUCUCUAUGCUAACAGGGCUCUUCCCACCUUCAUCCGGUGAAUGCUACAUUGGGGGUUUAGAGAUCUCGAAGGACAUGGCACUUAUCCGACGCAGUUUGGGUCUUUGCCCACAACAUGAUGUCCUCUUCCAAGGUCUUACCGUUGAGGAACAUCUUUACUUCUACGCAGGGUUGAAAGGCUGCCCGCGCUGGCGAUGCUCCGAGGAGGUGAACAAGAUCCUGGAGAUGCUGAGAUUGGAGGAGAAGCGAAAUGCUCUGAGUAGCCAGCUCUCUGGUGGUACCUGCCGGAAACUGUCCAUUGGCAUUGCCCUCAUCGCCGGGUCCAAGGUUGUAAUGCUGGAUGAGCCCACCUCGGGGAUGGACCCAGCCUCUCGCAGAGACACCUGGGAGCUCUUACGGCAACACAAGCAAGACCGAACUGUCCUGCUCACCACCCACUUUAUGGACGAGGCUGACCUGCUCGGAGAUCGGAUUGCCAUUAUGGCUGAGGGCCAGCUACAGUGCUGCGGCUCCCCACUGUUCCUAAAAUGCAAAUAUGGUGCUGGUUAUCACAUGGUGAUGGUGAAGGAGCCACAUUGCCAGGUGGAAGAGGUCACCGAGCUUGUCACUAGCUAUGUACCCAAUGCAACCCUGGAGAGCAAUGCAGGGGCAGAACUGUCUUACGUCCUUCCCAAGGAAAGCACCCACAGGUUUGAGCCCCUCUUCUCGGAAGUGGAGAAGCGUCGGAAGGCCCUGGGUAUUGCAAGCUACGGGGCGUCUGUAACCACCAUCGAGGAAGUCUUUUUACGGGUUGGAAAACUGGUGGAUACAAGUCUGGAUAUUCAAGCUAUACAGCUGCCGGCUCUGCAGUACCAACAUGAACGGCGUGCCAAUGACUGGGCAGCCGAUGAGUCCUGUUCUUUGAGCGACUGUACGGAAGACAGCGGGACGUUGAUUACUGAAGAUUGCUCCAACGUUAAGCUAAAUAUGGGGUGUUCCAUGUGGUGCCAGCAAUUCUAUGCCCUCUUUGUGAAACGAGCCACCUACAGUUGGCGAAACUGGAAGAUAGUUGUUGGGCAGUUCUUGGUGCCUCUGGUUUUCACUGCCUUGGCGCUAGUGGUCGGAAAGACUUUCCCAGGUCCCCAGGACUCCCCAGCUCUUGGGCUGAGUCUGGCACCUUAUGGAAGAAGCAGUGUACCGUACGCUGUGCUGCCUAAUGCCUCGUCCUUGAUAGAAAUGCUGGCGCAGAGCUACAGAGAUCAAUUUGAUGGACAGGAUGCACAGCCACAAGAGGUUGUAGGUAGCAUUGAUGACUAUCUCCUGGCCAGGGCUUCUGACGAAGGAGCUUUAUUUGCCGAGCAUUGUCUCUGUGCAGCGGACAUCCAGACGUCUGGCUCAGGGAUCAAACUCACUGCCCUCUUCAAUAACCAGGCCUUCCAUGCAGUCGCCGCUGCCCUUACUCUUGCAGACAACGCUCUCUUCAAGCUGAUUGCUGGAUCUGAGGCUUCUAUCUCCAUCACCAAUUAUCCCCAACCGCGAAACAACACCGAGACGGCACAGGAUCAACUGCAGCAGGGACAGACGGGUUUCGCCAUUGCCAUCAACCUUCUUUACGGGAUGGCCUCUCUGGCCAGCACCUUCUCCCUGUUGCUGGUGGGAGAAAGGGCCGUGAAGUCGAAACAUGUGCAGUUUGUGAGCGGAGCUUCUUCCUUCAGCUACUGGCUGUCAGCGCUCACCUGGGACUUGCUUAAUUUCCUUAUCCCGUGUGUAUUUAUGCUGGUGGUGUUCCAGGCCUUUGGGGUCAAAGCGUACACAGAUGAUCGCCAUCUGGUGGAUGUGAUGCUGAUGUUGCUCCUUUAUGGUUGGGCUGUCAUCCCUCUCAUGUACCUUUUCAGCUUCCUCUUCACUUCCACUGCCACGGCCUACACCCGUCUUACAAUAUUCAACAUCCUGUCUGGCACAGCCAGCUUCCUCUCUGUGACCAUCAUGAGCAUUCCAGCCCUUGGCCUGGUGGACCUGUCUCACACGCUGGACUUUGUCUUCCUUGUGCUACCAAAUUAUUGUCUGGGAAGAUCAUUUAGUGACUUCUAUGAGAACUACCAUUUCAUCAAAUUCUGCCUGUCAUCUCCAGUCACUGAAAUAAUCUGUCAUAGCAUGAAUAUCACCUAUCAGACGAAUUACCUUUCCUGGUCUCCGCCUGGUGUGGGCCGAUAUCUGACCGCUAUGGCUGCUCAGGGCCUGACCUUCCUCUGUCUUCUCUUCAUCAUUGAGAGCCAAGUCCUCUGUCACCUGUACAACUUGUUAUGCAGCUUUAGACACCGUCACUGGUCUGCACUGCCAGAGUCCCCUGUAACCCCCCCAGAGGAUCGAGAUGUAGCAGAUGAAAGGAAAAAAAUUUUGGAGUCUCCUGUAGAACAGCUUUCUAGUCUUGGGAGUCCACUGGUUAUCCGGGAGCUCAGCAAGGUGUAUGGACGACGUGCCUUGGUACUUGCUGUUGACCGUAUAUCGUUAGCGGUUGGACGAGGCGAGUGCUUUGGGUUGUUGGGUUUCAACGGAGCUGGAAAGACGACCACAUUCCGUAUGCUGACUGGGGAUGAGAGCAUCAGUUCUGGAGACGCGUACAUCGAUGGAUACAGCAUUCUGAAAAACAUCAAAAAGGUGCAGCAGCGUAUUGGUUAUUGCCCUCAGUUUGACCCUUUGCUUGACCACAUGACUGGGCGUGAGACUCUUUGCCUGUAUGCACGUUUACGUGGCGUCCCUGAAGGAUAUAUCGCCAGCUGUGUGGAUAACAUGCUGCGUGGACUACUCCUGGAAGCCCAUGCCAAUAAACUUGUGCGGACCUACAGUGGUGGGAACAAGAGAAAGCUCAGUGCUGGGAUUGCAUUGAUCGGGGGUCCAGCAGUGAUCUUCAUGGAUGAACCAUCCACCGGAAUGGACCCUGUGGCCCGUAGAUUGCUGUGGGAUGCAGUAACAAGGACACGGGAGAGUGGAAAAGCUGUAAUCAUCACCUCGCACAGCAUGGAGGAGUGUGAAGCUCUUUGUACGCGUCUUGCCAUCAUGGUGAAUGGGCAACUCAAGUGCCUUGGUAGCCCCCAGCACCUUAAAGGGAAGUUUGGCAGUGGAUACACUUUAUUAGCAAAGACCUCGAAGGGUGGAGAGGAUCUCAUCGCCUUUAAAGAGUUUAUAGAGACAGUUUUUCCAGGCAGCAUGCUGAAACAUGAGCACCAAGGUAUGGUACAUUACCAUCUAACCAACCAGGAUCUGAGCUGGGCACAGGUGUUCGGGACUCUAGAGAAAGCCAAGGAGAAGUUUGACCUGGCAGAUUACUGCGUGAGCCAAAUCUCCUUGGAGCAAGUUUUCCUGAGUUUCAGCCACUUCCAGCAGCCACCAGAAGAGGGCACCGUAUAGAAGAUCCACUGCACAGGACGUGUAAGGUGCUCUUUCAGGAACUGUGGGUUCUGAUGGGUGGGGAACACCCAUUGUGGACAUCGAGAAUUCAAGGUCUAAACUUAAUACUGACACCAGAAAUGUUGUCUCUCCCAAGAAUACUCCUGCUGUAUUUUCCCGUCCACAGUCUUUCCUUUGUCCAAGCCCGUCCGUCCAUAUCUCCUUAGGGCUGUUUCUUCUUGUGGUUGUUUGCCCGGGCAGAGUUGGAUAAUAUGUAACUGUCCAGCUUGCCGGAGAUCACAAUCAUUGGUGUCCGUCAGCAGCUGGAAAGUCACGAAUUCAGGGUUUGUCCCGUGACUACUACAGAAAGACAUUGAGUGUGUGUGUGUGUACUGAUUGCCGUCCGACCAUUUCAUUAUGUAACAGUAGGCAGGAGCAAUUCCCAUCAGUCGGGGGCUCCGCUGCACAGUACAGUUAAAGGGCCGUUUGAUGCAAUGAUAUUGACUCCGUGCAUUGGUACUUCUAGUGACCAAGGGGUUCAUUAACUCAAAAACCUAAAUGAAAACACGUAGAACUUUUUUAAGUAAGAGUGCAAAUUAUCUUGGUCGUAAUGUUUCCAUUUCAUUGGUAGUGCAGAACAAUUCAGUGCUUAGUGUAAGGGUUCGGAGAGGGGCCAGUAGUUAAGCCAACCUUUGUUGACAUAAGGGUGUGUUGAAGGUUAAUUUUUCUGCAAAAAAAGACCAUAACGUCAUUUAAUUACUCCAAUUCCAGGGAAGUAGGGUGCACCUAUCAAUAGGAGCCACUCUGCCCGGUCCAUUUUACUGGUGAUAGCUCUUGAACAUCUCAUAUUAAUAUGGAAAGGAGUCGUCCGUUUUGGCAUUCAUGCUACUGUGGAAUGGUAACUGAGUGCUGAUAACAUUUAGAAUCCACUACAACUUGGUUUCUUGAAGUCAUAAUAUAGUAUUCACUGGUAGGGACUAGAAUAUAUAUUUUUGAAGGGUUUGUCCAUCAAGUGAUCAGUUCGGGUAUAGAAUAAAAUUAUUUAAUUUGAUUCAGACAAAUUGUUCCCAAAUAUUUUUUGCUCAAGUCUAGUAGGGACCAUAAUCAUGGAGUGUUUUCAUGUUAGAUGUAUUUUAUUUAUUGCUUUUGGGAUGGUGUGAAAAUUAGCUUAUUUUGUGUGGAAGGCCAGUUUAAAUCAUAUACAAGGGAAUUUGAGCCUCCCCCUUAGCCUGCUCUUCUGUUCAUUUUUUUUUUUUUAUUCCGUCCAACUCUCUCAAUAGACUGGAGGAGUAUCUCUAAACCAAAGGGUCCUAAAACCAUGAAAUUGGUUCAGAUUUAGGCCAGGGAUGGGUUGACUUGCACUGUAUUAACUACCAGUACUACAUUAUUUUAAAACUUCAACAUUUUUUUUUAUGACUUCUCCCCCCGAAAAUCAGUUCAAGCUCUAAAGUCAUUAAAAGCAGCAAAGGAUUAAAAAAAAAAAAAAA